AUGUCAACUACGCACCCAACGAAUAUAACCACUGAAUGGGAUGAUUUGCAGCGCAAGCAUGGCAAUCUCCCUAAGUUAGAGGUGGAGGAAACUAACGAAGUGCGCGACGCUCGUUUAGUAGAGAUCGCCGAGCAUGAACUUAUGCGUGAAGCACGUCUACAAGCUUGGAAAAAGAAGGUACAGGCUCGGGGUCAAGUAACCUUCGGCAGCCCUGUGGCAAUCACUGAGGAGACGUUUGUUAAAGAGGUUACGGACGCCUCCAAGGCUAUAGAUAGCCCAUUAAAAGGUGAGUUGGUGUCAGAUGGUGAGGAAGGAGCUGAUAUGGAUAGUGGAAAGAUGCGAUCAACAGGUGCAGCAGAACCUGAUCUCCUGUCUACCGCAGGGAAGUACAUACCGGUGCUGCUCCUUGAUGAAAGUAGUGAAUCGGUUUACUUGAGGAGUGCAUGGCAUGAACUAGCGCGUAGACAUCCAAGUAUAAAGUUUACAAUAGGUUCUGUUAAUCGUAUCCUGCGAUCGGAGUCUAAGACGGCAACGGCGCCUUCGUCUAUACUGCUCUACUUCGGUGGCAAGUGCAGAAUGCAAAAACCCGCACUAGCGGUGUUACAAGGCAUGACAUAUGACUUAACUGAUGCAAGAGUGGAAUGCCGUAUCGCAAACGCUUUAGAGGUGCUUUUGAAUAGUGUCUCUGGUCACGGGGCUUUCCUGUUCCAGCGUGCAGAACGUACAGAUUCAAAUUCCGACUCAAGUUCUGACGAAGAUGAACAUCAGGGCUUACGAUCAGCUGGCAAAGCCUUUCAGCGCGACUUCCUGUCAAAGAUAACGGGUGGUAAGGUGCGACGUGACAGGGGUUCGGAUUCAGAAUCCGAAUCUGAAACGAAAGGGAAAACAUACACAUCAUGGGUAUUUGACCGCGCAUUUAGAUAA